AUAGACGUUCUGGUCGUCUAGCAGUAGUGAUCAUCACGAGGUGCCCAUGCAUUUGCCUGCACAGAAUAACCUGAGGGAGCACGUCUUCCUUCGAUGAAGGGUUCGCUUCACUAAAAAGUUUUUGCAUGCGGGAACACCUGCUGCAUGCCACACUUAUCGCGAUAUCGCAAACCGUUGUUAUUGCUUUGGCGUGGUUUUUAAAUUUGACGUUACCUUUUUAUGUUUAAUUUGCGAGAUGGAGUGCCGUGUCCUGUCUAUUCAGAGUCACGUGGUCCGGGGAUACGUAGGGAACAAAUCGGCUUCAUUCCCGUUGCAGGUUCUUGGGUUUGAAGUUGACUCGAUCAACUCAGUGCAGUUCUCCAAUCACACAGGUUACGCCCACUGGAAAGGACAAGUGCUAACAGCAGAGGAGCUCAACGUGCUAUAUGAGGGCAUCAAACUCAACAAUGUCAAUCACUAUGACUACGUGCUCACCGGCUACAGCAGGGAUGUUUCCUUCCUGGAGAUGGUGGUCGACAUUGUUGCAGAGCUGAAGGAAGCCAAUCCCAGUUUGGUGUACGUUUGUGAUCCAGUUAUGGGGGACCACGGAGCUAUGUAUGUUCCUGAGAUGCUGCUGCCUGUGUACAGAGACAAAGUGGUACCCGUUGCCAACAUCCUCACACCCAACCAGUUUGAGGCAGAGUUGUUAACGGGAAGGAAGAUGAAAACGGAAAAGGAUGCUGUUGAGAUCAUGGACCUGCUUCAUAAGAUGGGACCAGAGACGGUGGUUCUCACCAGCACAGACCUGCACUCAAAGCUGGGGGACCCGUACCUGGUGGUACUUGGUAGUCAGAGGAUAGUGAAACCGGACGGGAGCAGCAGCAGCCAGAAGAUUCGGAUGGACAUCCCCAAAGUGGAUGCAGUGUUUGUGGGAACGGGCGACCUGUUUGCAGCCAUGCUCCUGGCCUGGACCCACCACCACCCCAAGGACCUGAAGGCGGCCUGUGAGAAAACGGUCUCCUUAAUGCAUCACGUCAUUAAAAGGACCAUUACCUACGCCAACGAGAUGGCUGGCCCUGGGAAGAAACCCAGCCCUGCCCAGCUGGAGCUUCGGAUGGUCCAGAGCAAGAAGGACAUUGAAGACCCGGCCCUCGUAGUGGAGGCUACAGUUUUAUAAAAUAGAAAAAGCCGUCAAGAAGGAUGUUCACGCACCAUUACGGUUGUGUCGGUUCAGAAAACUGGAUUUACUGCGGGCUGAUUGGGACACACACACACACACACACACACACACACACACACACACACACACACACACACACACACACACACACACACACACACACACACACGCACACACACAGAUCUCUACAUGUUGGAACUGUAACGCCUUAUACGUUUACUUCAAGAGCACAACCAUAUUUUCAUGAGGUAAGCAGGAUUCGAAGUGUGUUGUACGUUUCCCACAAACGCACCCUGUUUCGUAACACACUAAUUAAAUUUAGAAAUGACGAUAGAGAUUACAUGUGCUUGUAAUAAUUUUAUCACCACACCCCUAGUCUUUCUUUACGUCUUCCAAAUCGUUGGCUGUAUCGGUAUGAUUGUUGAUCCUAUGGCAGAACUGUUUACGGUGAAUGAUCAUUAAUAAUCCUAUUUCAGUUCAAUUUUAGGGCACAAUAGUAUUUUUGUAACUAACAUUGUUUAUAAAGGUGGAAAUAGAUAAUGCCUAUGCUUUGGUUUUACAAUAACUCCAUCGAGUUGUCCCUUCUCCAUUUGUAUGCAAUGAUUUCUACAAUGUCGGAUAAACUUGUCAAAUGUUAAGAUGUCUUAAUAGUUGGAAAUGGAAUUUUGCACAGAUAUUCUAGAAGAUAUGAAUUAUGCUGUCGGUUUUAAUUUUUUAACUAGAAAAAAAAAUUAUUGACUGUGUGAAAGGCCAUGUGUAAUGCUCUCAAACUGGCUUAGUGAGGAACUACAGUUGUAAUGAAUGAUUUUGAAUGCAAAUAUACUGUGCACCAAAUGUAGAAGUGCCAAACCAUGAGUUGCUGCUCUAAUACAUGAGUCAAGAUGAUUAUAAAGUAAUAAACUAAUGUUUAAUUUAUAAUUUUUCUGUCCGUCAUUGUUUGUUGUAUCCAAUGUUGCCUUGUUAUCUUUUUUUUUUUUUUUUUUUUUGUGUGUUUAACAAUCUUAGAUAAGGAAAGUUACAUUUAUCCAGUUUUUGAUUAAUAUAUUUCAUACUUUCUGUUUGCUGUCUGCUUACAUCAUACAACAUAUUUUGUUGCUUUUCUGUUGUUUUAAUAAAACGUAUGGUAUAUUUGG